AUGGUGUUAUGGGUUCUGAUAUCUGCUGCGUGCGCUUGGGGACCCGCCACCUUUCUGCAAGACUUUCGAAUCACUUGGUCUGAUUCCCAUAUCAGACAAAUCGACCGCGGCAGGGCCAUCCAACUCAUUCUUGACCAAAACUCCGGAUGCGGGUUCUCUUCCAAGAAACAAUAUAUGUUUGGUCGUGUUACCAUGAAGAUCAAGCUCAUACGAGACUCGGCUGGGACUGUCACUGCAUUUUAUAUGAACUCGGACACUGACUCAGUUCGGGACGAGCUGGAUUUCGAGUUCUUGGGGAACCGUACUGGGCAGCCCUACACGGUUCAGACAAAUAUCUAUGCCCACGGAAAGGGUGAUAGAGAACAACGGGUCAACCUCUGGUUUGAUCCUUCUGCUGAUUUCCACUCCUACACCAUUAUCUGGAACCAUCACCAUAUUGUUUUCUACGUGGACGAUGUUCCCAUCAGAGUUUACAAGAACAACGAAGGCAGGGGAGUCCCAUACCCCAGGAUGCAGCCCAUGGGCAUAUAUUCUACGUUGUGGGAGGCGGAUGAUUGGGCAACAAGAGGCGGGCUAGAGAAAAUUGAUUGGAGCAAAGCACCAUUUUACGCUUAUUACAAGGAUUUCGACAUAGAAGGAUGUCCGGUACCAGGACCCUCCGACUGUACCUCCGACCCAAGAAACUGGUGGGAAGGCAGGGCUUACCAAGCUCUGAAUGCCGCGGAAGCUAGAAGAUACAGGUGGGUUCGUAUGAACCACAUGAUCUAUGAUUACUGCAAAGAUAAUUCGCGCUUCCCACUGACCCCCCCUGAGUGCCUCGCCGGCAUCUAAUAUUCCAUGGAUACUGAGUUACGCACGACAUGUCGUACACAUAUCAAUUAUGG